AAGGAAAACUUGAAGGUAUCGUAUCAGUAAAAAAGCUUUUAGCAACAAUUGAUCGAGAAAAAUAUUGGUUGGUGGAAGUAGAAAGCAACGAAAAUCCUCCAAUAUUUACAAAAGAAUUACAAAUGACGUGGAAAGUUGAUGACCAUGAUUUGAUGCACAAGGUUAGUAGAGCCAAAUCUUGGUUAGCUAAAGGAUAUCAAGUAGACAUAAUUAUUUCGAAUAGAGGGGUACAGAAAAAGAAAAGAACAUUGGAUAGAACUAUUAUGGAUAAGAUAUUAAAUGAGUUGAAGGAUUAUUCUAAGGAAAUUCAGGAACCAAAGUGGACUGGUGGAUCUGUUAUUCUGCAGAUGACGGGUAAAGGGGUUGAUGAUGACAAAAUAGAAUAG